AUGGUUAAUAGCCAAAGAAGAAUAUUAGAUGUGUUACUUUAUCUAAAUAAAGCCGUAUUUAUAUACACUUCAUUAUUACUAUCCAAAAUGACCGAUGAAGAAGAUGUACGAUUAAAAGUGUCUCAUGUUCGAAGUAAAAAAGUUGAAGGUACAUUAUUUAUGAUGGGUGAUAGAAUGGGAUGGAUGCCUAAUAAUAAAGAUGUGUUUACCAUUUGUUUCGAUUAUGCAGACAUAAAAGUACAACGUACAUCAUCCGAAUUGAAAUCCAAAAUGCGUUUACAAAUUAUACUUUAUGAUGAUACAAUGACAACAUUCCAUUUCAGUAAUCCAGCCAGUGCCGAUCAACAACGAAAAGAUCGUGAAAUGGUUAAAGAUUUAUUACAAACAUUAUUACCAGAAUUUCAGUUAAAAAUGAAUCAGCAACUCGGUAUUAAAAGCAAAAUUUUAGACGAUAAUAAAGCUAUUUUACAAUUAUACAAAGAUUUAGUGAUGAGUGGUAUAAUGUCAGCUGAUGACUUCUGGAAAAAAUAUAUUGAGAAAUUGACGGAGAAUAAUAAACCACAGUCAACUGGUGUUUCAGGCGCUUUGUUUUCAACUAUCCGUCCUGAAAGUAAUGAAAAAGGUGGUGUUAAAUAUACAUUAACUACUGAUAUGAUUUUAUCAAUCUUUAGAGCAUAUCCAUCAGUCAAGGAAAAAUAUGAUCAAAACGUAACAGUGGGACGAUUGACAGAGGCCGAAUUUUGGCGUACAUUUUUUCAGUCACAAUAUUUCGCAAUGGAUCGUGUUCCGACAUCCAAUUCAAGAGAUUUAUUUACUGAUUGUACAAGAAUCGAUGAUGAAAGUAGGGAAUAUAACGUUGACUGCUUGUUAGUUAUGGAAGUUUAUAAAUUUUUUUUGAUUUAUGCUAUUGUAGAACUGAGUAUUGAAGCUGAGAAAGCUAGUAAAAGAACUAUGGGUGUUAUAGCUCCAGAAACAAAUGAAACAAGUGAGAUGGGAUAUGGUGUUAAUGAAACCGAACGUGCAUCAUCGUCAACUAGUGCAGCUAAACAAUUGAUAAAACGAUUUAAUUUUCAUUCGACAAUGAUAUUAAAAUCGAAUCUUGGGGACGAAAAUAUCGUCACCACCACGGAAAAUAAUGAUAAUAGCACGUCAACAGCACAGAAGAAAGAUGUUGAAACAAUAAAUGAUGACGACGAUGACGAGAAUUCAGCGAAAAGAUUUAAACCUGAUGAUGAUUUCGAAGAAUUAAGAAGUGAACAGAAAGAAGAAGUUGAAACAUUAAAAUUAAUUAAUCCUGAACGAUAUUUGCGUGCACCACCACCAACAAAUAAUGGUCGUGCACAAAAAAAUAUUCUUAAUCCGACACCAAUCGCCAGUGUAAAUAAUUUAAAACUUCAAAUGGCUGAUUGGACCGCAAAUACUGAACUGAAUCUUAAUUCUCAAUUAGCACUCAAAGUUAUGACAGAACUAUCUCCCGGUGGAGCAUUGAUGCAUGGUACAUCUUCUCAAACAUUAUCACAAAUUGUACCACAAGCAAUCCAAGAAGAAAUGCAAAAUAUUUACACAUCAUUACGUGAAUUGUUAAGACAUUUUUGGUCUUGUUUUCCUCCUAGUACACCACAAAUAGAAGAAAAAAUUCGUCGUGUUCAUGAGACUUUAGAAAGAUUUCGAACAACAAAAGUUGUGCCAUUCAAAGAAAAAGUAUUAACAGAUACAUUAGCUGAUUUUCAUUUUUUCAAUGUCAAUGAUUCAAAUGUUGAUUGGUCCCUUCACUCACCGCCACAGCGGCAAUCACCAUCAAUGAAUACUGCAUAUCCAUUUUAUGAUUCUUCAAUGAACACACUUACUUCAACUACAUCUUUACCGAUCAUCAGAUGUCUUCCAACUUCAUCACCGUUAACGAUCUAUCAACGAACGAGUUCGAGUUCAAAAUCAAUCCGUUUACAAUAUACCUCCAGUCAACGUCAUACAUUAACUGAAAUUUUUAACCGAACACCUUAUCCAAAUAGUGCGCAAAACGAUAUUAUUGCUAAAAGAAUUGGAGUUAAAAGAGAACAAAUUCGUAUAUGGUUCCAAAAUCAUCGACGGCUCGUCUCAAAGGGAAUAAAACAAUCAAAGAAAUCAGAAAAAAUGGCAUUAAAUUAUUUACCAUCAUCCAGCGAACAACAGAAAUUAGAUGAAAUAUUGAUAGAAAUUGAAAAUGAAAAAUCUUGUUAA